AUGGUGGACAGCGGGGCCUCGGUGCUGGAGAUCGGGGAGGCCGAUGCCAACUGGGCGCUGAUCAGAGACAAGGUGGUCGAGGAGCGCUUUGGCCCUGCCGCGGUGCCCGUGCCCUUCCUGGAGGACGCGUCGGCCUACGACCUGCUGAGCGUGCUGGUGAGGAAGCCGGGCCGGGCACGGCGGCUACUGGGGCGGGCGCGGCCCCUGGUGCCGGUGGGGGCGCUGGCGCAGCUGGCGCAGCAGGGGCUGGAGCUGGGGGCGCUGGCGUGCUGCACGCGGGAAUACAGGGCGCGGGGCGAGGCGCACUACGAGGAGACGCGGCUGGUGGCGGGCGCCCCCUGCCACAUCCAGCUGCAGCUGGCCAGCGUGCACAAGAAGGUGGCCUUCCUGGCCCUGCGCCCCGGCCAGCUGGCCCUGCGCCCCGACCUGCCCUGGCUCCGCGGCCUGCGCAGCCUCUACCUCCUGCAUGAGGUCUUCUACUGCGGCGGGCUGGCGCUGGCCGUCAGGCGGGGGCAAUGCCAGCGCACCCUGCGCCUGCCGGGGCCCCGGCCCCUCGCCUUCUGCUGCCUCAAGUUCGCCCUCGGCCCCCGCGGCCUCCUCGGCCCCCAGAAACCCCUGGGGCCCGCGCUGCCCGCCAGGGCCGCCUGGCUCAAGCUGCCCGCGCCGGAGCCCCCGUGGCCGUUCGCCAGGCGCCGCGCCCAGCCAGCCGCCCCCCGGCGCGGGGACCCCGACCGGCACGCCAUGUCCCUGCCCCUGCUGCCGAGUGCCGAGUCCGACAGCGACGGCUGA